CAUACAAAGCUUUUUUUAUAUUUCAUAUUACAAUUUUUUUUUCUUCCCCCAAUCCAUUACUUUUAGGUACUUUUCAGUGAUAACUUUCUGAAGUCAUUCAAAAAGCUGAAGGCAAUCCGUUUAAAGAAGUCUGUAUUAAAUCUUCUGCUGAAGCUUUCCACUGGUUGGAGACCUAAGAAACCAAAUGUAGGGACAAUUUGUGCAAGCUAUUCACAAAUCUUGAGGAAAUAUAUGGUUGAAGGUCUAUACAUUGUUUGCACAACUGAUAUUGCAAAAGAUGUGAAAUACAUUCAAAUAUUGAAGAUUUGGGACUUAUUGGCUCUAGAGGAUAUUCCAAAAUUGGCAGACCGUCUAGAGAGUAUUUUGAAAAGAUAUACAGAUGAUUUUAUCAAUCGGUGCAAGGAGAAAUGUCAUGAGGGUGAUUUGGAAAUUCCUAAGAGCUGGCUACCCUCUUUGGACAUUGUCCGAUUCAAGGAUCUUAGCAUCACUGAAAACCAGAGUGAUUUAGUUGGUGAUAACGAUUCUGAUGAUAGAAGUUAUGUUGAGAAUUCACAGGUCAGCGAGAGUUUGUUGCUCAUGAAAUUUUACUCCUUGUCAUCUGGUGUAGUAAACCACUUGGGUUUUGCAUGUGGUGGAAGUGAUUCAACUGAUAAGAGUUUGAUUGAUAUGGCUGAUUUUGAUGAGGAGGAAGCCCAAUUCAAGGAUAUCAAGGAUUCAUUUCAUGAUAUUUCUCCCAAUUCUUACCCUCUUGUCAUAACAUUCCAUAAGUUCUUGAUGAUGCUAGAUGGAACACUGGGGAACUCAUACUUUGAAAGAUUCCUUGAUGCAACAAAACUUACACACACGUUAACAAAGAAGCUCGAUGCUUCAAGAGUCUUUACAGAGAUAAUAUCUCAUAUUAAAGGUGGUUUGGGAGCCAUGGAAGCAGGUGAUGGUAAACUCAAUCGCGACGACUAUGUUCAAUUGUCAGAGGGCCGGGUUUCCAAUUUAAGCAAGCAAAAGAGAGAAGCAAUAUACGAUAUAUUUCAGGCUUAUGAAAAAAUGAAGAUGGAAAAUGGUGAAUUUGAUCUGGGUGAUUUUGUAAUUGAUCUUCACCGUCGUCUCAUGCAUGAAAAAUAUGGGGGUGAUCUCACAGUGAGUCAAUUUGCUCUGUUUAAACAUAUGUGCAUCAACAAUACUGAAGAGGGUUUUAUUUUUUCUGGGGAUACAGCACAAACAAUUGCAAGGGGUAUUGAUUUUCGGUUCCAAGAUUUACGACAUUUGUUCCACAAGAAGUUUGUGUCGGAAUCAAGAAGCAAUAAGCUUGAAGAAAGAAAAGAAAAGGGAAAACUUUCAAAAAUAUUUCAUUUGACUCAAAAUUUCCGUACCCAUGCUGACCCUGAAACCAGUCUUAUUUAUGGGGAAGCUCCAGUUUUGCUUGAAUAUGGAGAAAAUGAAAAUCCAAUCAUAAAAAUAUUUGGAAAUAGUGCAACUGGUAGUGGGAAUAUAGUUGGCUUCGGUGCAGAGCAGGUUAUUUUGGUGCGAGAUGAUGGUACUAAGAAAGAUGUUUCCACGUUUGUUGGGAAGCAUGCUCUUGUCCUCACCAUUGUGGAGUGCAAGGGCCUUGAGUUCCAGCUAUAA